CACAUUGAAAAUCAAAAAAACAUAUAAAUGACAUUAGGAAUUCCUGACAUUUUCAAGAAAUAUGAAUCAGACAAACUACCUUCCGUACUCACAGUCUUUAAACUCUUCUGUCUCAUCCUUAUUUGGUAAUGAAUUCGAGAAAACUGUAGGAGGAUUCAAUAGAUUACCACAGCAUAUCCUUUUAAAGAUAUUUUCUCAUUUAAAGGAGAAGGAUUUGCAUACAGUUCAGCAGGUUUGCCAAAGAUGGAAACAAGGUGCCCUAAAUCCUUCAUUAUGGAAAAAUCUUAAAAUUCAGAAACUCCGAACAACUGAUAGCGUCAAUAUGGCUUUACAAAAAAUCUGGAUGUUCGGUCAGUUAGAAAAAGUUUAUAUUAAGGACGUCAUAGAAGCAUCAGCUCUUCUAAGACAAGUUUAUCGGUGCUUACCGAAUUUGAAAUAUCUUAUCAUAAGAUAUUGUAAUAAUCUAAGUGCGCAAACCAUGAGAGCUGUUCUUAGGAAAUGCAAGCAACUCGAAAUGUUAGACUUGAAAGGCACAACUUUUAGAGAUAACUCUAUCUUUGAAGAAUUACCUAGACUUCCUAAUUUGAGAAUCUUGAAUUUGAGUGAUAAUGGAAACCUUACUACCAAAGAUAUGAUCGAUAUUUCACUGAAUUGUCGAAAUUUGGAAGAAUUUUAUGUAUCUUUCAUAAAAUCAGAUUCAACAAGUAAACAAUUGACAGAUGAAGAUUGCAAUUUCAUUGUAUCAAAUAUGUCGAAAAACCUGAAAGGUUUCUACAUUGAUGGGGCCACAUUAACUGACCAAUGCUUUCAGAGAAUAUUUCUUUGCCAUCAGUUAGAACAUUUGGGGUUCCAUCGAGCUUAUAACUUGACUGGGAAAACUUUUUCUGUUAUUUGGCAGUAUUUGACUCACUUGAAAACAUUAAAGUUGACCUUUGGUAAUCAAAUAAGAGAUGAAGAUGUGGAAGUUGUUUUUUUGGAUGGAAGAACUGAAAUGAGCAAUUUGGAAGUGAUUGAUUUCACAGGGUGUUGGAAGAUAAAAGACAAUGCUGUUAAGGCAAUUGCUGAGAGUUGUCCCAAAUUGAAAAAAUUGAUUUUGAAAAACUGCAAAAAUAUAACUGACGUAUCGCCUUUAAAGAAAUGUAAAGAAUUGGCAAUAUUGAAUAUAGCAUUUUGUUUGAAGCUAUCUAUUGAUAGUUGGUUACCUAUUCAAACAUCGGUUCAUACAAUAUUCAUAGAUCAUGGAGACAAUUUGAAAAAAUUGGAAGAGGAUUUGAGACAAAAUAGUAGAAAUAUUGAUGUACGACUGUGUCAUUCGCAAUUCAAAAAAAGUUUCGAAUAUUAUAGGAUCCACCAGUGAUAGACUGCUGUUUCAUAAAGAAAUGUGUGCAACUUAAUAUACAAAUAAAGUAUUUUUUGAAACAAA